GGAAUUUCAGAUAGCCAGGAAGAGUUACUGCUGUACAGAACCAUAAUCCUUUGGAUGACAAUAUGAAGCUCUGGAUUCAUCUGUUAUUUUCAACUCUGGUCACCUCUACUUCUAUACAACCCCAGCUGGCUAUAGCACCAGGUAGAGGACCUUGCGAUUCCCUUUGUUCUUGUGAGGAAAAGGAUGGAAUUCUGCUUAUAAACUGUGAAGAAAGAGGCAUCAAGAACUUAUCCCAAAUAAAUGUGCCACCAUCACAAUCCUUCCAUCUUAGUUUAUCAAAUAAUGGAUUGACUACAUUACAUACAAAUGACUUCUCUGGAUAUGCCAAUGCCCUCUCAAUACAUCUUGGAUUUAAUAACAUAGCAGAUAUUGAAGCUGGUGCAUUUAACGGUCUUGGCCUUCUCAAGAAGCUUCACAUCAAUCAUAAUUCCUUAGAAAUCCUUAAAGAGGAUACUUUCCACGGAUUGGAAAAUUUGGAAUUCCUUCAAGCAGACAAUAAUUUUAUCACAGUGAUUGAACCAAGUGCCUUCAGCAAGCUCAACCGAUUAAAAGUUCUUAUUUUAAAUGAUAAUGCUAUUGAAUUUCUUCCCCCAAACAUAUUUCGCUUUGUCCCACUGACUCACUUAGAUCUUCGUGGAAACCAGUUGCAAACAUUGCCUUACGUUGGCUUCUUAGAACAUAUUGGCAGGAUACUGGAUCUUCAGUUGGAGGACAAUAAGUGGGCCUGUAACUGUGACAUACUGCAGCUGAAAACAUGGUUGGAAAAUAUGCCACCUCAGUCUAUAAUUGGUGAUAUUGUGUGCAACAGCCCUCCUUUGGUCAAAGGCAAUGUACUUAGCAGGUUAAAAAAGGAACUGAUUUGUCCCAUUCCUCCAGUGCAUGAAGAAAAUGAGGAUCCGUCAGGAUCAUUGCACAUGGUUAUUACCUCUUCUGGAAGGGAGAGUCAGCUAUCAACUAAGGUGAUACCUGUUUCAAGAGCUCCUACCAAGGAACCAGGCUUAGCUCCUCCUGUCACAAAGCCAUCCACCCACUAUCCAGGACCUUAUUGUCCUGUUCCUUGCAAUUGUAAAGUCCUUUCCCAAUCAGGACUGUUAAUUCACUGCCAAGAACGCAAUAUUGAAAGUUUGGCAGACUUAAGACCACCUCCUCAAAAUCCUAAAAAGCUAAUUUUAGCUGGCAAUAUUAUUCAAACCCUCAUGAAAUCUGAUCUUGAGGAGUAUUCUACAUUGGAAAUGCUUCACUUGGGAAACAAUCGUAUUGAAAUUCUAGAGGAAGGGUCCUUUAUGAAUCUUUCUCGAUUGCAAAAGCUGUAUCUAAAUGGCAACCACCUGACAAAAUUAAGUCAGGGCAUAUUCCUAGGUCUCCAAAAUCUUGAGUAUUUAUAUCUUGAAUUUAAUGCCAUCAAAGAACUACUACCGGGAACAUUUAACACAAUGCCAAAACUUAGAGUUCUCUAUUUAAAUAACAACCUCCUGCAGGCUUUACCACCUCAAAUUUUUGCUGGGAUUCCCUUGGCUAGACUCAGUCUCAAAGCAAACCAGUUUGUUCAUUUGCCGGUGACCAACGUCUUGGAUGAACUGGAUUUACUGGUGCAAAUUGAACUUGAAGACAAUCCCUGGGACUGUUCUUGUGACUUAGUCGGGCUGCAGCAGUGGAUGCAAAAGUUGAGUAGGAAUGCAGUGACAGAUGCGAUCGUCUGCUCGUCUCCAGGGCACUUAGAGAAGAAAGAACUAAAGACACUCAGCAGUGAACUUUUGUGCCCAGGUUUGAUAAAUAGCCCAUCCCUCCCGACCCAGCCAAGCUUCAGAAUUGUCACUACUCCGAUCACCACAUCCAAUACUGCAGACACCAUUUUAAGAUCACUCACAGAUGCGGUCCCUCUUUCAGUUUUAAUCCUAGGGUUGCUCAUUGUAUUCAUCACCAUUGUAUUCUGUGCAGCUGGCAUAGUUGUUCUUGUUCUUCAUCGGCGGAGACGGCAUAAAAAGAAACAAGCAGAUGAGCAAAUGAGGGACAGUAGUCCUGUGCAUCUUCAAUAUAGCAUGUAUGGUCAUAAAACAACACAUCACACCACAGAACGUCCAUCACCAUCAUUAUAUGAGCAACGCUUGGUGAGUCCCAUGGUUCAUGUCUACCGAAGCCCAUCCUUCAGCCCAAAACAUAUUGAACAAGAGGAGGAUGGAAAUGAAAAAGAUGGAGAUGAAUCGAAACAUCUCCGAAAAAGCCUGCUAGAAAGAGAAAACAGUUCACCACUCACGGGGGCCCAUGUGAAAUAUAAAGCUACUGAUCAAUCCACUGAAUUUCUUUCUUUCCAGGAUGCUAGUUCCUUAUAUAGAAAUAUUCUGGAGAAAGAAAGAGAACUUCAACAAUUGGGGAUCACAGAGUAUCUAAGGAAGAACAUUGGCCAGCUCCAGCCUGAUAUGGAGGUGCAUUAUCCUGGAACACGGGAGGAACUGAAAUUAAUGGAGACACUUAUGUAUUCCAGACCAAGGAAAGUGUUAGUGGAACAGACUAAAAACGAAUAUUUUGAACUCAAAGCAAACUUGCAUACUGAACCAGACUACUUAGAAGUCCUGGAACAGCAAACAUAAAAAAUACUACUUGGGACUUGGAUGGGACCAUUGUAAUUCUGUCAUGUCAGAACACUGUAAAUAAAGUGCCUUAAAAUUGGGUUCAUCAUUAGAACUUAAGCACAGCAGUAAUCCUAUGGAAUAAAAAAAGAAAAAAUAAGAAACUCAGGGAUCACUGUGAGAAGCCAUUGCAAAGUUUUUGGGAAAUUAAACCUUGCCCCAAAUAAAAUCUAAACCUUGCAUGUGAUAAUUAGUGUAUGGGAGAUGGUCCCAGUCCUCUAGAUAUCUAAGGGUUGAA